CGAAUUUACAUCGGAACUUUCUCCUCGCAGGAAAGACUGAUGUUUCCUUCUUCUCUGCGCCGAACCUCACAGGUAGCAGCAGAUCAUCACCACCCGUGUCGAUUUGGAGGGUUUGGGGGCGCACGGGUCCCUUUUUUCCUAACCAAAACAGCACAAAUGUGGGGUUGACUGAGGUUUCGUGGAGCACCGCCUGGAAACACCGAAAGCAGGAUGCACCGUUGACUCCUCAAGCCUCAUUAUCACUUUUCGCCUGCUGUAAAAUGGAGGACCAAUCGGACCUGCCUAACGUUAGCAUUCCUUGCCACAAUGAGCAACGAGACAAGAAAAAGCGCUACACGGUUUAUAAAGUGAUUGUCAACGUCGGCCAGCAAGAAUGGUUCGUCUUCCGACGAUACGCCGAGUUCGAUAAACUCUACAACGCAUUAAAAAAACAGUUCCCGUCUUUAAGCUUGAAGAUUCCUGCCAAGAGGAUCUUUGGCGAUAACUUUGAACCCGAGUUCAUCAAGCAGAGACGAGCCGGGCUGCACGAGUUCAUUAAAGGCAUCGUGUCGCUUCCGCAGCUUUGCAACAAUCCAGAUGUGAGGAGUUUCCUGCUAAUGGACAAAAUGCAAAAUCUGCAAAACUCCGACGCGUCCGAAGAUGAAGACGACAAAAACAACUCAUCUUCCAGAAACAUUAACCUGGGGCCUUCUGGAAACCCGCACGCCAAGCCUACUGACUUUGACUUUUUGAAAGUCAUCGGGAAGGGAAGUUUUGGGAAGGUGUUCCUAGCCAAAAGGAAGCUGGACGCUAAGUAUUAUGCCAUAAAGGUCCUACAGAAAAAGGUCAUUCUCAACAGAAAAGAGCAAAAACACAUCAUGGCCGAGCGCAAUGUACUGCUAAAGAAUGUGAAACAUCCCUUCCUGGUGGGCCUCCAUUACUCCUUUCAGACCACAGACAAGUUGUAUUUUGUCUUGGAUUUCGUCAACGGAGGGGAACUUUUCUUCCACCUUCAAAAAGAGCGGACCUUCCUGGAACCGCGAGCCAAGUUUUACAUCGCCGAAAUGGCCAGCGCCCUCGGCUACCUGCACUCGCUCAACAUUGUAUACAGAGACUUGAAACCUGAAAACAUCCUGCUUGACCAUGAAGGUCACAUCAUUUUGACAGAUUUUGGUUUGUGCAAGGAAGGCAUUUCCCAGACGGACACUACCAGCACUUUUUGUGGCACGCCUGAGUACUUGGCUCCAGAGGUGCUAAGGAAGCAGCCGUAUGACAAUACGGUGGACUGGUGGUGUCUUGGUUCCGUACUCUACGAGAUGCUAUUUGGCUUGCCGCCAUUUUACAGCAGGGACACGCACGAGAUGUAUGACAACAUUCUGCACAAGCCGUUGGUAAUACGCGCAGGUGCAUCUAACGCAGCGUGGUCGCUGCUGCAAGGCCUCCUGGAAAAAGAUGGAGCACUCCGACUUGGAGCCAGAGAUGACUUGAAUGAAAUCAAAACGCAUCCCUUCUUUGCCUCCAUCAACUGGAAUGAUCUUGAACAGAAGAAAAUCCCUCCCCCGUUUACGCCCAACGUGAACUCUUUCUCCGACAUCUCAAAUUUUGACCCCGAGUUCACAGAGGAAAUGGUGCCCAACUCUGUUUGUUGGACCCAGGAACACUCCAUCGUCAACGCCAGUGUAAUGGAAGCCGAUGACGCCUUUGUGGGCUUCUCAUACGCCCCGCCCUCCGAUGACUCGUUCCUAUAAUUUAUCCCUCCCUAACGAACGGUCCGUCAUUGUCACUUCUUAAAAGGGAAGAAAAUGCAUCAUGUGUAUUCUACAAAGCCAAAGGAAGCAGCUAUGAUUCAUGCAAUGGCACUUAAAAAUAUUUUAUUGGGAACACACUAUGAUUGGAAGAAAUCAUAUUUUUUUUUACCCAUUUGUAUUUAUAUAAAUAUAUAUGUAUAAAGAUGAAAGAUGCUAUUUUAAGAAAAUAUGGGCAUUUAUUCAGCCUUGAUGUCACCCCAAAAUGUGCCUUAACUUUGUCAAAACAAAAAAAUGUCACUGGACUUUAAAGGACAGAAUUGGAUGAGAAAAUGUGUGUCAUUGACUCACACCUAAUGUAGAUUUAUGAUUUCAUGUGUUCUUGAACCAGCUGUAGAAUUACUUGAGACCACAAAAAAGCUUAUUAUUUUUUUUGCAUUUCACAGGUCAGUUUUUUUUUUUAUGUUUAUGACAAACACUUAGGUUUUAGGUCUCAGUAAUGAGAUAAAAUCUUGAAAAAUGUCUGCCUUGAGUGUCGAAAAAUUACGAAUUCUUAUUUACAAUAAAUUAUGUGAAUAUAUGUGAAUUUGCUUUUGUUUGUCUGGUUU